AUGGAAGUGAUACAAGGUCAGGAGAAAAGAACAUAAAUGGUAACAUGUUCUGAAAACAUUCAUUGUAGCAGGAGGCAGGAGGUGAAUGGUCGGCUGGUUAUCUCUUUGGGAGAGCGUAAUGUUUACACUCCUUAUACUGAGUAACAGUGCUCCAUGGUGUUCAGGCGUGUGUGUGCGUGUGCGUGUGAUGAAGGCAAACAGUGAAAGUAUGAGCAAAUGCUUCGGCGAAAGAAGCACAGAGCAACGCACUAGGAGAGAGGACAUAAAAAAACAGAGAAAUAAAGUAUGGUAUCAUGGGGCCAAAGGUCAAAUGUGUGAGUCACAUGGUUGUAACCAGGAAACAAUGAAGUAGUUUCAAUCCAGAGGCUUUCCUUCGUCUUUACAGUAGAGCAGGAACAACGCUUUCUAGACUUCAGUGAACCGACUUAUCAAAGAUGAUAAGAAACCAGGUGGAACAUGUUGUUGCGAAGGUUCAGGACUGUCAGAGUGGAAUCUCUAUGGAGCUCUUCCUUCAUCUUUCACUCGUACCAGCAGUGUUGAUUGUGGGGGUGCUCUCGUUCCUCCAGAAGAGAGCCCAGAGACUGGCUAUCGACCACAGAUUGCCCUUCCUGGGGGGACGUUUUGCUAUUGUGGUGCCUUUGGAUACCAUUGGCAGCCUCAGUAAUCGUUGGUCCUAUGGGUUCGCAUUUGGUGCUGUGUCCUCCAGCGUCCUGCUGCUGUUCUCUGAACAAUACAUCCCCUUCACUGUCCCGCCCUGGGCCAGAGCUAUAGUGUAUCUGGUUGGAGCGUUAGAGGUGGGCCUGGUCUAUUUCCCUUUCUUUGCCUGUCUGUCCACACCUUUCAGAAUGGCCGGGGCAGCGCUGGGAAUACUCUACUCUCUGUCCUGGAUCAUUGUUACAGUCUGGGAUACAUUCACCUGUCCUGAUGGUAAGAUUCUUGGUAAAUACCAGAAGUUGAUUGUCCAGUUGCCCUGCAUCCUCUCCCUCAUCUUCCUCUUGGGACGAUUUGUCUACAUACUGGUGAAAGCUGUUCGACUACAUCUGCAAGUGGAACAGGAGGAUCCUGAAGAGCUGACAGAGCAACAUCAGGUGCAGCACGUUAAGAGACUGCUGAGGAAAGCACCUGCACACAGUAAACCCCGCAGCUGGUUCCGGAGCAAAGUGUAUGAGUGGGACCCUUACUUCAAGUUCCCCAACAGGAUCAUCGGCACCGCCAUUAUCUCGCUAAUAGGCCUAUACACGAUGACCCUGGCAGACUAUAGUCUCAGUAAUGUGGCUUUUGACAAAGUAGACAGGUGGAAGAAUACACUGAAACAGCUGGUUACGUCUUGUAACCAGACUGAACAUCUGGGAGCCAUGAUACCACAGCUGGAAGAAUUCAUCGACGUGGCUAGAAAGUCUUGGCUAGCUACCACCAUCUUUGCUAGUCUCAACUCUGUAGCCUACUGCUUCCAUGUCUUGGCAUGUUACAGAAAACACUUGAAGAGGCUGUGGAAAGGACAGAAGGGUUUUAUUCCUGAGAAGUUUCACAACCCUCGCUCUGCUGUCAGCGUAGCUUCCAUUGCAAGAUACUCUGGUUGGCAAAUAGCGUUUACAUUGUGGGGCUACCUGAUUGUCCACUUUGUCCACUUCCUGUUUGCUCUGCUGUUGGUCUAUGUGCUGGUUCUUCCUAUACAGCAUGGAAGGACACUGACCAUGCUCACCAACCUGGGGAUUAUAUUUCUGACCAUCAGUCUGGUCAUCGCCCUGGUGAUUCUCCAGAUCGUUCUGGUUCAGAUCUUCUUCCUUCAGGACAAGAUGUCCCCUACCGAUAAACACAAACCUCUGGCUCUCAACAACAGGAAAGCGUUCCACUGCUUCAACUACUUCUUCUUUUUCUACAACGUGGUGAUGGGGAUCAGCAACUGCAUAUUGAGGUUGCUGUGCAGCAUUGUGGUGGGAACGUGGCUGGUGUCCCGCAUAGACCGGAGCAUUAUGCAGAGAGGAUAUGAAAACAUGGACGCCGGCUACAGUACCUGGAUUGGGAUGAUUUUUGCUGACCACUAUCAUAGCAAUCCAGUCAUGGUGUGUUUCUGCCAGCUGCUGGUCUCCAACUCGCUGGAGAAACACACUGCGUCUGUUUACUCCACAUUCAGCAACAUGCCCUCUGAAUCCCCUGUGAACAGCCGGGCUAGUAGGCGUUGGAUGCUGUUUUAUACCUUACUGAGGAACCCUCAUCUGAUCCUGCUCAGGAAGCACCACCUCUCUUCAUCUUCAUCAUUACAUGCACCAUCACCUCCCCAGCCAGACACAGUGGUGCAGGCUCGCGUCAUGGCAUUCAAAACACAGAGCCGCCAAGCAGAGUCACAGUCCCCACCAGAGAUCAUAGUCACACCAGCACAAGACUGUUAAAAGAAACAUUUCCAUAUAUUGUAAUCAUGUUAACGUAAAUACAUAUAUCUGUUGGAAUCUAAAAUUGUUUAUGUGUCCUUUAGUGGUUCUCCAUGUCGUAGAAGGAGUACUGUGGUGUUUUCAACAUCUGACUGAUGAGUUAUAAUCUAGUUAAUGUGAUCAAAUUAGGACACCUUUCUAUCGGCUCAGAAGGAGCAUUCAUUCUUGGUAACUUACUCCAGUUGGAUGUAAUUUAAAGAAACUUUGAGCUUUAAACUUAACCUCUGUAGCAUCUAAUCUACAAAUGGAUGUGGUGCACUAAAGCUGGCCAUCUUUCUGUCUAAUAAUGUUGAUUUCAUUAAAUGCAUGUGAGCCACAACUCAUUCUUGUUUUAUAAAAUGUAACUGAAUUUCAAUGUGUGCCUAGCUGCUAUAGUGUAAAUUGCUGCACAAACAAAUGCUUUCAGUUGGAAAAAAUAAACAAACAUUUUAAA